AUGCUAGUUCUCGGGGUCCACCGUAGCCCCAAACAUGGCGUCUCCAAGACUUCUCAACGCUCCAUCACGCUCUUGAAAGGUCUUGGCGUGGAAGGUGGCUUCCAUGUCGGCAAACUCAUUCAGCACCUCUGGCGAUUGAAAUACCAUGCAUCAAGAUCCAACCUGCACCAAGUGUUUCUGAUCCAGUCAGAAUUAUUCGACGAUCCUGACUUCUGUAGCAAAGAUGGUAUUCGCACCCAGCCAGGGCAAAUGGGCAAACACGUCACCACUACCGGCAUCGAUCACCUGGCGCUCAGCAAUGGCACAAGGCUCCACUUCGUGAACAAGAAGCACACGCAGGCUGCAUUCGGCAGUCACGACUGGCUUGUUUUCCAUGAGUCGUUUGUCCCUCCUCCUCAAGCACCUCGUCAGCAGCCUGCUACUGGAGGCUAUGUUCAUGACUAUGGCUAA